AUGUUCCAGAGACAGUGUGUGGAGUACGCACUGAAGGCCCGUCCAGUGCGUCGCUACAUCCCCAAGGAGAAGUACCAGUACAAGUUCUGGAAGGUUGUCAACUCCAGCGCCUUCGAGUACCUCAUGUUUGUACUCAUCAUCCUCAACACUCUCUGUCUGGCCAUACAGCACCAUGGCCAGUCCCAGCUGUUCCAUCACAGCAUGGACGUCCUCAACAUGAUCUUCACUGGACUCUUCACUGUGGAGAUGUUCCUCAAACUCAUCGCCUUCAAGCCCAGGAUCCUCAACAUGAUCUUCACUGGACUCUUCACUGUGGAGAUGUUCCUCAAACUCAUCGCCUUCAAGCCCAGGUACUACAUCCUCAACAUGAUCUUCACUGGACUCUUCACUGUGGAGAUGUUCCUCAAACUCAUCGCCUUCAAGCCCAGGAACUACUUUGCUGAUGCUUGGAACACUUUUGAUGCCUUGAUUGUUGUUGGGAGCCUGGUGGAUAUUGCCAUCACUGAAAUCAACAACACUGAAGACAGCGCUCGCAUCUCCAUCACCUUCUUCCGUCUCUUUCGAGUCAUGCGACUUGUCAAGUUGUUGAGUCGGGGGGACGGCAUCAGGACCCUGCUGUGGACCUUCAUCAAGUCUUUUCAGGCUCUACCUUACGUCGCACUUCUCAUCGCCAUGUUGUUCUUCAUCUAUGCCGUCAUCGGAAUGCAGGUGUUUGGUAAAAUAGCACACACAUCAACUAACUACAUGCUAACUGCAUUUUGUCUGCCAGGUGUUUGGUCUUUGGUAAAAUAG